CGCCCCCUGCCGCUCGCGCUCGGCCAUGGCGGAGGCCUCUGUUGGCCGGCAGAGCCCCAGGGUGGUUCCAUACCCAGCCCGUGGCCUAUGUCCAGGAGAGCCCGCACUUCAGAGCGCUGCAGUUGUGUCAAUGGGCUCAGCUGAUCAUCGACUGAACCUGGCAGAGAUCCUUUCCCAGAACUAUGGUGUGAGGGAAGAAAGGGAGGAAGAUGAUACUCAGGAGAAGCAGAAAUCUUUAGAAGAGCUGGAGAAGAGUUUCAGUGCCUCUCAGAGCAGUGAAAUGCCAUUUGAGGAGCUGCUCGCACUGUAUGGCUAUGAGGCAUCAGAUCCCAUCUCGGAGCAGGACAGUGAGAGCAAUGACAUCACUCCCAACCUCCCUGACAUGACUCUGGAUAAGGAACAAAUAGCGAAGGAUUUGCUUUCAGGGGAAGAAGAGGAGGAGACACAAUCUUCAGCUGACGAUCUGACUCCAUCCGUCACGUCCCACGAUGCAUCGGACUUAUUCCCAAACCAGCCUGGCUCAAACAACUUCCUUGCUGAUGAAGACAAAGAGCCAUGUUCAUCACCAUGUGCUUCCUCCAUGGCUGAGGACUCAGAGGUGGAUUCCAUCCCAUCCAAUGAGUGUAAGAAGGAGAUCAUGGUUGGACCUCAGUACCAGGCCACUGUUCCCAUCCUCCGUUUAAACAGGCACAGGCAAAAAGUGCUUUUUCUGUUAGCCUAUGAGAAUGAAGAUCAGCUGCUUUGGGACCCAAACAUCCUCCCUGAGAGGGAGGUGGAAGAGUUCCUGUACCGCGCCGUGAAGCGCCAGUGGGACGAGCUGUCCAGCAGCAGCCUGCCAGAGGGAGAGGUGGUCAAAGACAACGAGCAGGCCUUGUAUGAGCUGGUGAAAUGCAACUUCAAUGCAGAAGAGGCACUGCGGAGGUUACGGUUCAACGUGAAGGUUAUCAGAGAUGAGCUUUGUGCCUGGAGCGAGGAAGAAUGUAGAAAUUUUGAACACGGCUUUAGGGUCCAUGGGAAAAACUUUCACCUUAUCCAAGCCAACAAGGUCCGCACGCGGUCGGUGGGCGAGUGCGUGGAGUAUUAUUACAUGUGGAAAAAAUCAGAGCGUUAUGACUACUUCACUCAGCAGACUCGUCUAGGAAGGAAGAAGUACGUCCUCCACCCUGGAGCCACGUGCGUGGAAUAUUCUCACACUAAAAUUAGUAAUAUUAACCUCCCAGUGAAGAUUCCUGCUGCAAAGCACCUCCGCUUAACAGACUGCGCUUUCUUCUCCAGAAGGGAUUUCACUGACAAUGACCUGGAUGGGGUUGAAGUGGAAAACACGAGUCGUUCUCGGAGCUCCCCACCAAUUCCCUCUGCAGCUGGCUGCCUGGAUGCUCACUUUGGGCAAGAUCAGAUAGCAAUUGAGAGCACAGAGCCCCUGAGUGUGGAGAGCACAGCCUGCAGCCUUGGCAGCAUCAGCGAGUCAGGGCAGGGCUAUGAGUGCAGCACCCCCUCGGAGACAAACUGCUCCUUUGACCCCUCGGAGGAGACGCCCUCGGGCGCUGUCCCUGUGCCCUGCCCACGCCACUCUGUCACCCCCUCUGAGCCCGAGCUCUUUGCUGUGCCACCCGCGGCACCAGGACUGGCAGAGAAGCAGGAAACGUUGCAGAACUCUGGUGAGACAAUAACCAUGGACUUCACUCUCCCUGCAGACAUUAAUGAGGGGUUGCCUUUAAUUGCUGGCCCUGUGGAUUUGGACAGAGACCCUGAGGCAGUGGUGGCCCCUGCUCAAGUGUCCUUAUCGGUCACAGAUUUCGGUCUCAUCGGCAUCGGAGAUGUAAAUACUUUCCUGACUGCUCAUCAGGCUUGCCCAGCACCUGUGGCUCGGUCAGAGCCUCUGUCACAGUGAAAGUCUCCAGUCACAAAUUUGUCACAGACCCAGCAAGGACUUUGACCUGACUGAGUGAAAUUCUGGAACUUCCACUGUCCUUUAGGGACAGUUUGGAGCUGUUGGUCGGAAUCCGUCUUUCCAUCCUCCUUGAUCCAAGGCUACAGUGAAACCAAACACCUUUCUGCUCCAGUGUAUCCUGACACAGUUGUGCAAAGUGGUGGCUGGCUUUCCUGAGUGGGGAGAUCCCUCACCCCCCUCCUAUACUGACCAUGUGUCACCCUGGGUGAUGCCAGUCUGCUCAGACAGUCCCUGCCUUGGGAUGGGGAUGUGUCCCUUGGCCCCAGCAGGACAGUCUGAGGUGCUUUGAGAAGAGAGAGGUGUCACCAUCAUGGUGAGGGUGCAGGCUGGGGGUCUGAGAGCCUGGGAGGGCUGCAGGGCAGUUUCCUGCAGAGAUGGGCACAGUGGUGCCAAGGGAGGCUGACCCUUCCUCCACGGGCAGUGUGUUGCAGUAGGAGCCACUCACCCUGUCCUCCUCCGAGCAGCCAUGGGUCAGGACAGGCAGGCACACAGAUGUUCAUGGGAUGGAAACACUGCUGUGAGCAGUAGGGGGGUCAUGCUGCUGACAAGUGCUUUGGAUAUGCUGGAAGGGGGAAAAUAAUCUAGGACAUCUCCCAUCACCUGUGCACAGCCCCUGGGACCGCAGCAGGCUCAGGGAAGGGGUGUCCUGGCUGGCAGUGUCACCUUGAGUCCUGCCUGGGACACUAUGCCAGGCUUUAGAGAGGAAUGGGACAAGCUGGCCCUUAAGGACCAUGACAGCAGCUGGGCUCUCAUGCCAGGAGCACUGGCAGCAGCCACGUGUUCUAAUUCUCCACCAGCUGCAUGUGGGACGUGGCCUGGCCCAGCCCUGGGGCAGAAAUGUCAGGUUUUGGAAGGGGAUGCUGUGUGUGCAGCAGCAUCGUGUGCACUCAGUUCCUUCUCACAGCUUUCUAUGCAGUGCUGGGCCAGGGAGAACUUCUGUGGGGAGUAACAGGAGGUUCUGGACUCAGAGUGAUGCUGGCCAAGAGCUGUGGUGCUGCUGCUGCAGGUGGUGAGAGCUGAUCUUCUUUGGGCUGAAGGGCCAGAGGGUAGAAUGCAGGUGAAAACAUCUGUAAGUUCCCAGUUUGUUCCAACAGUUUGUCAGCAGAGGGAGGAGGUUGCUUAGCUCCCAGGAUGUCUGGGGUAUGGGUGCUAGCACAGUCCCAGGCAGAGGAGUCCCACAGCAUCCCUGGGCGUCCCUGCCCUCCCUGUGUCACAGAACAGGCUGUGCUGAGAGGAAAGUGUGUCUUUUCUGCCAUGUUCAGGAAGGUGCCAGGUGCUGCAGAGCCACAGGAGCCUCACCUUGGGUGUGCUGGAGUCCAAAGCUGCUUCAUUUGCCAGGUGUGAGGCAGGUCUGGGAUUGGCCACUGGCUCAGUGGGUUCCCAUUCCCCUUUUCCCAUGCAGGGAAUUCUCUCCACUCACCUGCUGGGCAAGGCUCUGGUGCAGACAGAGCUGUGUUUCCUCCAGCUGUUCUGCAGCUGGGAAGGGGCUUGGGUUGGGGGUUUUGGUGGAGGCCUUGGGGCUGUGACUGUGCACUUGGCUCUGCUGCAAUGGAUUUGGCAGGUACCUAAACCCAGGAGCCUGCAUCCUCCUUUUCCCUGGCCCUGGGAAGCUGUGCCCAGCCCUGCAGCAGGAGCAGGGAGACAGCAUCAAACAGCCCCAUGGGAUGCCAGGAUUAGACCUUGUCUCAUCUCCUAAGCCCAAGAUCUUGGUUUGUCUUCUUUAGCAGGGGUUUGCUUCAGUCCCCAGCUCUGUGCUGGGAGGUGCUGAGCCCCAGGUGUGUGCAGCUGCCUUCACCUGGCAUGGCUUUGUCAGCCAGAGGUGCUGAGCAGAGGCCUCCCCUCCAGCUGCUCCUGGCUGCUGGGAACAGAAAGCAAACACGAGUGCCUGCUCCACAGUGGAACUGCCCAGGCUGUGAUUCCCCUUUUCUGGGGGUGAGAGGAAGCUCCUUGGCUGAAGGGAGAAGAGGAGGCAGGGUGAGAGCACAGGCAGCCCUCCCAGGGAGGGCAGGCCUUGGCAUCUCCUCCAUUGGCUGAGAACAUUCUUACUUUUUCUGAAACCAUUUUUUCUUUUGGUUUAUUUCAAGCCCUAGUGAAAGGAGAGGGGAGCUGGCUGAGGCAGAAAUCUCUUGAUGUCCUUCAGUGUUGUUUACAGAUUUGCAUGGGGUCUUUCAACAUGAGUGCAGCGCUUUUUCCACAUAACUUUGAGGGAGAGGGGUGAGAAAGGCUGGGACAGGGAGGGGGAGUCACUGGGGGAGGAGGUUUGGUUCUGGUUUUUUUUUUGGUUGGGGUUUUCUUUUUUCCUUCUUACAAAGCACAUUCACUUUGAGCCGCUCCCAAUGCUGGACUCUUUUCUCCCUUGCCUCCCAGCCCUACACUGUGAAGUGACACUGCCUUGAAGACCCCUCGCCAUUAUUUAUUUAAUUAAAAACCUAAUUUGAAAGUGA